AUGGCCUCCAAUGUAGUGUCCCGCCUAUUGGUGCUGCUACUAUCUCGACAGCUAUUUCGAGCGGCGGAAGGUGCCGGUCGAUUAUCACCGGUUAACGUGAGCCGGGUUGGUCAGAUCAUGAAGUACGGGUUUCCCGGAUUGGACAAUGUGCGUUCCUUCGAUAACUACGUGCUAUCGUACGACCGGCGAACGCGUGUCGCGCACUGGGUAUUCGAACACCUUACGCCGGACUCGGUCAAACCGAACGAUGCGGUGGAUCGGGCCAAAUCCGACUUUAAAGCGGACGACAGCAUUAACCCAUUUUUCCACUCGCUCAACACCGACUACAAAGGUUCCGGCUUCGAUCGUGAACACAUGUCGGCGGACG